GUCCCUGAUCCAGUCUGAACCUUUGUAAUGUAAAAAUGCCACAAAGUAACAAAGCCACGGAAUGUAGAAUGUUGUCAGACUGCAAGCAGAGUGAAGAUUGAACAGUUUCACCAAACCUUUGGCGUGACAACAGGAAAAAAUCGACGCUCAUAAAAGUCAUGGCAUCAAACAUGUACUCCAACGUACAAGCCCAAGACGAGAUAGUCCCUGGAAGCCGGCUCACCUCCAGCUUCUCCAGCUACGAAGUAUUAAGUAUCCUUGGAGAAGGGACUUUUGGCAAGGUUGCAAAAUGUGUCAGGAUGGCUGACAAGAAGACCGUAGCCAUAAAAGUAAUGAAAAAUUACUCAGUGGAGGUGGCAAACAUUGAGGUGGUUAUGCUAUACAUGCUCAGCAUGCAUAACAGCCACAAACACAACAUGGUUGAAUGGUAUCAGGCUUUUAUGGAUAGAGGUCAUCCAUGUCUGGAGUUUGAGUAUCUUGACAAAAGUCUGUUUGACUUUAUGCUAGAAAGACAUUUUCAGCCACUCAGUUUAACGCAAAUUCGACCAAUAGUCAUGCAGAUUGCAGUAGCUCUGAAACACCUGAAGUCUAUUGGAAUCAUACAUGCAGACCUCAAACUAGAUAAUGUAAUGUUAGUCAAUCACCAACAAGAGCCAUACAGAAUUAAAGUGAUUGACUUCGGCCUGGCUCAGGUCACCUCUGCUGCCACAGUGGGCUCUUGCCUUCAGACCUCUCCAUAUCGGUCCCCGGAGAUUAUUCUAGGGCUUCCGUUUACAGAGGCCAUAGAUGUUUGGUCUCUGGGAAUCAUUGCUGCCACUCUAUACCUCGGUUUCCUACUGUACCCUGGAUACUGUGAAUAUGAGAUGAUGAGAUAUAUAGUAGAAACCCAAGGGAAGCCAGAAGACAAAAUGUUAAACUCUGGGCAAAAGACCUCCCUUUUUUUCUACAAAGAGUGUAAUUCCACCACCAGUAACUGGAAACUCAAGACACCUGUAGAAGUUUUCCAAGACACAGGGAAUUGGUUCAUAGACAGAAGAGAAAGAAAGUUUACCUCUCUGGAUGACCUCUUACAUCUCCGGGAACCCGAGCAUCAAAAUUAUGCUGAUAAAGUUGCAGAAAUGGCUGAUCGUUUGAUGUUCACUGAAAUGAUUAAAGAACUGCUUCAGCUUGAUGCUGAAACACGGAUUACACCCGAACAGGUGCUGGAUCAUCCCUUUGCAAAAAUGAGCCACAUGGCGUCCUUCCACCACCUGAGCUCCUAUGUAAAGUCCUGUUAUCAGCACACAGAGAUCUGUAAGAAAAACAGCCCAGUGUCUUCAGAUAGCAGGACAGGAGUGAGUGAAUCUCUGCAGCAGCCCAUGUCUGAGACCAGACAACCUGCCCAACAGCAGCUUCAUCCCCCUGCAGCUGAGAGCAAAAUCCUGGAGAGGCCCCCUUCCUCCAGGACCACAAGCCCAUCCCAAAAAAACUGUCCUCCCCCUUCAAUUCAGAGAAGCAGACCCAACUGCUCCAGGCCCAGUCACUGUGAAACUGCCCAGACAGUUUCAGUCAAACCAAACUUUAAAAGAAAGCACCCUGAUGAAGAUACAAAGGACACCAGUCAGUUAGUAAAAAGGAGGACGACUGACUGGAAAGAUGUGGGUGAAAAAAUACCCCCCUCUUCCACAGACGUGACGUCAGACCAAUACCAAAAGAAAUUCCGGUAUUCUCCUGGGCCGUCCUGCUCAACCAACAGGACACAGAAAUCCAUGACAAGGACUAAGAGGAGGAUCAGGAUAAAACUGCCUUCCAGAGCCUGCAAAAGAGGGCCAGAAAACACCACGGAGACAGCUGGAGCAGCUUUAGAUCUAAAGGACAGUCGGGCUGAUGAUCACCGCUGCAGAGAAGCAAGAGGAGCAGCAGCAGCACACCAUACAAUUUCUCCCGCAAAUCGUUGGCAUCAUGGCGAUUAAGUGGAAGUGGGAGGGCUGUUCCAGAACUCAUCUCGCUCUUAAAGUCAAUUUUCUCGAAAUAUGACUUCGGCAAUAACUCUAUGAGGCUAACAGUUAUCCUUCAGCUGCUGGCUAGAGAUUAAAGAUAACAGCAGAAAACGUUCUGCAGAAAAGCUUCAACUUCUUAGGAAACACAGCAUCCAUUCCACUUCGGAUGUUGAAGCUGUCCUUUUUUGGAAUAUAGCUAAUCUCAUGAUGCUGCUGCACUACUGCAUGUCAUUAACCUCCGUCUUGUCUUCGCAACAGUUUGUGUUUUGUCCUUGUCUCUGUCGCUCCUUUCUCUCUUCUCUUUCC